UGCAGCCGUGGCAGGAGGGCGCGGUCAAGCGAUACCUUGCAGCAGCGCCACGCUUGCCGCCAGCGAGCAAGGGGUACAACGUGUCGGGGCGCGCCUACCCCGACAUCGCCGCCCAGGCGACCAACUUUUGCGUGGAGCCGUUUGGGUGCGGCGUCUCCGGCACCUCGUGCGCCUCGCCGACCGCCGCAGGCAUCUUCGCGCUGCUCAACGACGUCCGCCUCUCCGCUGGCAAGGGGACGCUCGGCUUCGUCAACCCGCUGCUGUACCAGAACGCCGCCGCGCUCAACGACGUCACCACCGGCGCCUCGCGCGGCUGCCUCUUCGAGAGCGGCUGGCCGGCCGCUGCGGGGUGGGACGCCGUCACCGGCCUGGGCACGCCGAACUUUGACCGGCUCGCCAAGGUGGUGCUCGCGCUGCCGUGAUAUGCCGCGAGAGGGCGAGGCAGCGCGCGGCGAGAUAGCUGUCCGCUCGCACGGCCGACGCCGCGCCGCGAGAUGGGGAACGCAGGGACCGCGCCCUAGGGAGCACGACACCCCGCCGGCGGCCGGCGGCGGCGCGCGGACCCCCCGUCCUUAUUGCGUAUUGAGCUGCAUGCAGUUUAGCACUUUACUCCGUGUGUCCUGCAACUAAAGCCGUACCAUUUACUGUAACACAUUCUCAAAGC